GGGGGUGUGCGUGUUAGAGCGAGAGAAAGAGAGAGGGGCAACGCCAAAGCCAGAGCCUGGGAGGACAGAAAGAUAAAGACAGACGGAACGAUAUACAUUAAAAAAAAAGUAGUUCAGCGCCCUUCUUUGUAAUUUUCUUUCUCACUGAACAGCAGAUAAAAUAUUAAAAACCGACUGCUUGGAUGAAGCAAAAGCUAUCGAUUUGUCCGCACUACACCUGGAUUCACUGACCGUCCACGCAGCAGGCAUGUCCCGAAGGAAGCAGAGCAACCCCAGGCAGAUCAAACGUCCUUUGGAGGAUGGCCUGGAGGAAGAGGAGGAGGAGUGUAUCUCUGAGGAGAACGAGCUUCUGGCCAAAGAUGAGUUCUCGGUGGAAGAGAACUUCUCUGCUGAGUUUGAGACGGAGAACAUGAACUGUGGGGACAUGGAGUACUUCUGCAGCAAAGGAGAGGAGAACGGCAACCGAGAAACAGGAGAGCCAGAGGUGGACGGCCAGGCUGACAAGACGAGGCAUGCUGCAGUGGGGCCAGACGAAUGGGAUGGUCCAAGAGAUCUGGAUGCAUUCCUUAAAGAUGGCGAGCGUCGCAUCCAUAGCCGUCUGCAGCUGCCUGUGGGAACAACAUGGGGACCUUUCGAAGGCAAGAUUGAGAUGGGUAACGAGAAUAGCACACUGAAGACGAAGAGCAAGGUCCCGGUGGUGCUGAGCACCGGCCCCAAGUGGCUGCUGGAUGUGACUUGGCAGGGAGCAGAGGACAACAAAAACAACUGUGUGGUGUACAGCAAAGGUGGCCAACUAUGGUGCACCACCACCAAGAACAUGAUGGAGGGCGAGGAGCUGGUGGCGUUCGCGGUGGACUUUGACUCGCGUUUGCAGGCGGUCAACCACAUGUCGUUGAGCGAGGGCAUGUACCCGGCCAGGUUGCUAGACAGCAUCCAGCUCCUGCCACAGCAGGCAGCAAUGGCUUCCAUCCUGCCCACUGCCAUUGUCAACAAGGACAUCUUCCCCUGCAAAGCUUGUGGAAUCUGGUUUCGCAGUGAGAGGAACCUACAGGCCCAUCUGAUGUACUACUGCAGCGGGCGGCAAAGAGAACCUGAGACCAUCGUUGAAGAGAAUGACACUGGACCCCACCAGACCUCCAGCGUCUGCCCCUUCCCACAAUGCAACAAGACCUUUUCAGGGGCCAGGUCCCUGGAGAUGCACCUCAGCACCUCACACAGUGGUGUCAAAAUGGAAGAGAGCCUCCCUCCUGGCACCAGCUUGAAAUGCACAAUCUGUAACUACACGGCAGAUUCUCUUAUUACAUUCCAGCAUCACAUCAUGUCUCACCUGUCACAGGCGGCCUUCAGAUGCAAUCACUGCCAUAUCAGCUUUCAGAGCCACAGGGAACUCUUACAGCAUCAGGACUUACAUGGGCAUGGCAGCAAACUUCACAGGGAAGGCGACGCCACCGAGCAUUCCCCCAGGGGGUCCGAGGAAAGCCUCCAGCAGCAGCAGCAGGCCUGCACCGAGCUCGCCAACAGGAAGGACGCUCUGCUGGGAAGCCCCAAAGGGGCCCUCAGCAAGGAGACCAGCACAGACGGAGAGGCUGACAAGGCUGAGAAGAAGCCCAUGCUGUCUGCUCAGAAGGGAGAUGCCCACCCGGGCAGCAAAGCCAGUUUUUCCUACACUCGGAUCAAGUCCGAGCCCUCCAGCCCCCGCUUGGCCUCCUCCCCCGUGCAACAUAACAUGCCUACAUUUCCCAUGGGCCCCUUCUUGUCUCAGUUCGCUUUCUCUCAAGACAUUUCAGUGGUCCCGCAGGCUUCGGAGAUUCUCGCUAAAAUGUCAGAGUUGGUUCACAGGAGGCUACGUCACGGAGGGAGCAGCUAUCCUCCAGUCAUCUACAGCCCUCUCAUGCCCAAAGGGGCCACGUGUUUUGAAUGCAAUAUCACCUUCAGUAACCUGGACAACUACUUGGUCCACAAAAAGCACUAUUGUAACAGCCGCUGGCAACACAUGGCAAAGUCACCUGACUUCUCCGCACUUUCCGACAAGGUCCCCGAAGCGGUGAGUCCCAACGGCGGACACACGUCGGUCAGCAUGUUAACCGGAUGCCACCCCUCUGAAGCAGACAGUCACCUCAUGCAGUCGGCGUGCUUGAACUCCAGCGUAUUAGACAUGAUCAACGCCGGGGCCAAAGGACCCGAUAAGGAUCUAUCCGGACCGGUGAAAAAGGUCUCGACACCAACCGGGACCGAGGACAGGCUGAAUGGAAAACAACUAGAAGGGAAAAGCCCGAGUACUGGUCUUGUGGAGAGCGACAACGACCCCAGCAAGACCACCUGCGACGCUUGCAACAUCACCUUCAGCCGCCACGAGACCUACAUGGUCCACAAGCAGUACUACUGCGCCACUCGUCAUGACCCGCCCAUGAAGCGCAUGUCCACCAACAAGGUGCCCUCCAUGCAGAGGACCAUGAGAACUCGUAAGCGCAGAAAGAUGUACGAGAUGUGUCUCCCUGAUCAAGAUCACCAGAGGCCCCCCAUGGGACAGCCGGGUUUCCUCGGGGUUCCUCCUAUGAAUCCUUGUACGUCCCAGGAAGCCGUGGACAGCCUCGGAGACCGUUUCCACCCCCGCUGUGACAUCUUUCCAGGUAUGGUGCCCAAACACCUGGAGGCCUCUCUGACUGUCACAAAGCCCAUUUUGGCUCCUAAAUGCAACGCGACGGAGCCACAAGAGUUGGACGCUCCCAUCGAUCUCAGCAAAAAGUGUUCGCCGGUCUCUGAUAAGACAUGUAGCUCUCCAAAAAGACUGUUGGACUACCAUGAAUGUGCCGUGUGCAAGAUAAGUUUUAACAAAGUGGAGAACUACUUGGCGCACAAACAGAACUUUUGUCCGGCGACUGCCGCCGCGGCCGCUCAGAAGGCGCAGCAGCCUCAUCAACAGCACAAUGACACUGGCAACAUGGACGCCGCCAUGUUCCCCGACGUGAUGAGCGAAGGCAAUAACAACACUGACGAGGCUCUUGAUAAGAGUCCGAGUAAAUGUGAAAAAAACGGCAACGGGAAAGCGAUGGCGCAGAACGGAGGCCUGUUCCCACCCCACCUGGGGCCGGUGCCCGGUCUCAAGCCUUUCGCUGAACCUCAACUCAUCCCAUCAAAAGAUGACAAGAAUAUGUAUCUGCCCCAUUGCCUUUAUCCUGGAGCAAUAAAGAAAAUGAAAGGUCCCGAGCAAAUAUCGCCCUAUUUUGGGAUAAAGCCAACUGAUUAUGUGAGCGGGGGGCCGGCGAUGCAGGCGGAGGCCAGCGAACAGGAGCAGAGUCUUAAUGGAGGAGGCGGCGGAGGUGAGGCGGGAGCAACCAGGGAACAGACCCAACAGCCCGCCGCUAAUGGCUGCCCUCAUCCUGGCAAGGAGCCGCUACCGCUGCUGCCCAAAAACCGGGGCAUGGUCAUUGUCAACGGGGCGCAUAAGCCAGAAGAACGUUCGAGCGCGGCACCGCAACAGGAGAACCAGCCCCAGCCAGAUGGCCAAACCACUAAUCCUUCACCGACGUGGACAACCGAGAACCCUUCCGACUCCAACGAGAACAUGUCCCCUUCGUCCAAGUCCCCGAAUGAGGAGGCGGCACCCGCCGCCAAUAAAGGGGUGAACGGGUCCGGAAGUAGCAAGUACUGUCGCCUGUGUGACAUCCAAUUCAACAACCUGUCAAACUUUAUUACUCAUAAGAAGUUUUACUGUUCAUCACAUGCUGCCGAGCAUGUCAAAUAAAAGACCUCUUCUUCCACCCAAACUCGCCCCCCCCCCCAUACCCGUGAUAUUUAACCCCCUUUUACACCCCUACUUUGUUUUUGGUACACUGUUUGUGUCUGGAAUAGUGCAUCAUGCAGUGCUAAAAACUGCUUGUGGACAAUCAAGAAAAGCUUCUCCUUUCAUCGUUUUAUGACUGAAACGUGCAAAAAGAAUUGGUUCAAAUAUAAAAAGAGAAGACAAAUGAAUCAAGAAUAAUAUCGGUGCCACUUUCGCAUUAAUUUAUUUUACAAUCAGUAUUAAUGAGUAGUGAUUUUAAUUUAAAUUCAAAUGAAAUUUAUAUCAGAGUUGUUUGUAAUGUUAUUGUAUAGUCAUUCUUGUGUAGCACACAUAUUGUUUACAUUGUAAUGUAGACUCAAUGAAACAAUAGUCAAUAAAACAAUGCGAUGCAUUUUAGACACAAAAAUAGCUACUGAGGCACUUGUGUAUUCUUAUUUGCUGUAGCAAACGCAGUAUAUGCCCCAAAUGUGGACUCGCGUCGGCAACUGAUGACUUGCAUUUCACAUUUCGGCAUAUACACACGGCUUUGCAUUCAUAUGUGGCUGUUUUGUCCCUGUCUUUUUUCUUCAGAUCAGAUGUUGAUGUUUUCAUAAGGAUGGCAGCAAUCUUGUAUAGUACUCCUAUUUCUGUUUAACGAUACACUUUGGUCUGCCUUUUGGAAAAAUUUGCUCUUAAUGCAAUACUUUGUAAAUGAGGGAACAUUACUGAAGGCAGUAUUAUGAAAUGGGGACUGUGCAUAUAAUUAUUUGUAACCCUUCUGGGGGGCGAAAAUUGAAAAAAAAAAAAAAAAAGAAUUAGGUUUAUUGCUAACGAACAAGAUGGGUGGGAGGUCAGUGGGAAUACUGAUUAUCAUUCCAAUGUCCUGAAAAUGUUUCUUAAAAUGUUGUUGCUAUGCAUGUAUAUGGAUGGAAUUCAAUUCCAAAUCUGUUGGAAAUUUUUAUUUUGAUGUGGUGUCAUAAUUAAAGUUAAAUCCUCAGGAUGAAACGUUGUCCGGUGUUUUUUCACUUUUAUGUACGUACAUGACAAAUU